UGCUGCAAAACUCCGGUACUACUGCUGCUCCGUGCUUGAGAGGCCAUGUCCCUCUUCCUCGUGGUCUUCCUGCUUCUUUUUUUCAGCCCGACAGCAUGUAGGGCCUUUGUGGCAUGCGGGCGACAGGAGCCUGCUGCUCACGGGGAUGUUGUAGGAAACAAUCGAGGGAGGAGUAGCCGCACAUCAGACACAGCAGCAGCAGCCUUCGUUGUUGCAGGAGGGGCAGCAGCAGCAGGCACGACGCGAUGCACCGAGGCAGCUGGGGGCGCGGAGCCAAGAGGCAAGUGCAAUUGCCGAACCACACUGAGGUCGGCGCCGCCGCCGCUGGGGGACGGCAGCGGCCAGCGCGACGGAACCAUUGCCCCGCUCAGGGCCAUCAACCAGGACACCCUCUUCUCGGCCAACGAGUGGAUUGCAGGGGUGGCUGGAGGUUCGGUUGGCGUGCUGGGGACUCUGAUACGGCUCGAGCUCAAACAGGAGAAGCUCAAAACCCGGCGUAACUGCCCAUACUGCGACGGCAGCGGCAAGCUGGUGUGUGCCAUGUGCUUCUCGGCGGGAACGUUCACGGUGAAGCUGCCGGGGUCCGACACUUUCUCCACUUUGCCCUGCCCUGGGUGUGCAGGGAACAAGUAUAUCACCUGCUUGAACUGCAGGGGGGACGGGAGGGCGGUGCCCCGAGAACUGGACAGGAAAACAGCUGACGCCGCCGAGGUUGACCUUCGGCUAGAGGAGAUAGGGAUGGGCGGCAUCGGGCAGUAAAAUUAAUUCACCCUGCGCCAGCCAACAUCGUUGGUAGGCUGCAGACACAUCCGGCUGGAGCGAGUGGGCGAACGGGCGUCGAACAUUUGCAUGGUGCUAUUGGUUACAAGUCUGUGAAGAAUCCUCGCAAGGAUGAGGCGUUAUUGUACGGGGCUACUUAGGGUUUCGUGUUGUAGGUCUUUGGGGGUAAAAGGGCGUAUACACGUGAUGGGUGAUAUGACACGACACCCGGCGCGCCAGAAGCAGAUGGGGUAGUUGGCGACCCCGUCGUGGUGCUCUGUGAACGUUCUCGACUGGCAGAUCUUCAACCAUUGUAGAUUUCCAGCCACUCCUUUCUCCUAUCCGUUUUUAUUUUUUUUUCUUGUCGUGUUGCCGAUCCUUGUGUGAAUGGUAACAGCGGUUGCGGGACACGUGCUGAUGUGCGGCACUGUUUCGUAGGGGGAGUCGUGUUUGUCGUACCCGAACUGCUGUAGCAGUCGUGGACGAUGUGUUGAGAGAUGUUGAAUUAGAUUUAGGGAGACGACUGCGCGUGGCGGUAAGCUCACAUUCCUCCCGCCUGCAGCGUAUCUCGUUCUAUCAAAGUAGCGUCCAGACCCCGCCAUGAUAUCUCUGGUGGUUUGUUCGAAGUCUUUCAGGCAAUUUCGUCCUUUUCGUCAGCGUUUAUGCGUCGUGCGCGGAACGCCUUGCGCCAUGUCAUUGCUUUCACGAGGUCCUAUGAUAGGUCCUGCAUGUGUGUGGAAGACUUUUCGAAUUGACUCAUUUUGUGUUUGCCAAAAGGAAUAAAGGCCGUGUAUUGUUUCGUCUGUAUCUUGACUCACUGCACGCACGCGUGGGCGAGAGCAGUGUCUUCUCUACCCUUGUGGUCAUCUGCUCUGCGGAGACAUACGUUGCUGCUGUGUCAAGUCGGCAGGCGUUGUGCUGCAGACGCGAUGAAUUGAUACCGUUUCUCUCGGGGCAAUGUGCUUGUGCAAGCAGCAGUUGUUCUUGGCUUUAUUACUUUUUUUCCUGCGUUCAACGGAGAGACGGAAGAGCGGAGCCCCAAGCAAGAUUGUUCGGAUGGUCCAAGUGUAACUGAGUCUCCGUUGGCUGAUGGUUCCGAUUCAUGCGUUUGUUUCGGUCCGGGACUAAAAGUAUGUGGGACUUUUUACGUAGGAGUUCACGGUCACCGUUUUUUUGCGUUGCUGUUGUACCGAGUGAAUCGUGUGCUAUUCCGUUUUUGUUUGGACUCACGACACACACCGGCGGGCACUUUGGACAAACAAUCAACGCUGACGAGGAUGCUCUCG